AUGGCAGCCACCGGCCACGCCGUGGUCGACAUCGACUUCCCCGAGGAGGCCGACGCUGCAAAGCCGCCGCUCGCGCCAGUCCCCUACUUGCUCAACUUCGUUGACCUGUCCUACAGCGUGAGGAGCCGCAGCAAGGGCGGCGGCGGCGGCGGCCUCCUGUCCCAGUCGUCGGGUCGCCGCCCGGUGGCGUCCGCGGACACGCCCCCGCCGACAUCGUCCAGGCGCACCAAGACGCUGCUCGACGGCGUCUCCGGCGCGGCGCGCGCCGGCGAGCUGCUCGCCGUCAUGGGCGCCAGCGGGUCGGGCAAGUCCACGCUCCUGGACGCGCUGGCCGGCCGCAUCGCGCGGGACAGCCUCCGGGGCGCCGUCACGCUCAACGGGGAGCCGCUCCAGGGCCGCCGCCUCCACGCCAUCUCCGCGCACGUCAUGCAGGACGACCUCCUGUACGCCAUGCUCACGGUGCGCGAGACCCUACGGUUCGCCGCCGAGUUCCGCCUGCCCUGCGCGCUGUCUGCCGAGCGGAAGCAAGCGCGCAUCGACGCGCUCAUUGAUCAGCUGGGGCUGUCCCGCGCCGCCGACACCAUCAUCGGCGACGAGACCCACCGCGGGGUGUCCGGUGGCGAGCGCCGGCGCGUGUCCAUCGGUACCGACAUCAUCCACGACCCCAUCCUGCUGUUCCUCGACGAGCCCACGUCCGGGCUCGACUCGGCCAGCGCGUUCAUGGUGGUGCAGGUGCUCCGCCGCAUCGCGCAGAGCGGCAGCGUCGUCAUCAUGACCAUCCACCAGCCUAGCACGCGCAUCCUCGCGGCAUCCUCGACAGCCUGCUCCUGCUCUCGCGCGGACGCACCGUGUACGCCGGCACUCCCGCCGGACUGA